AGAAAUUACAUACCCAGAAGAAAAAGUAAUUGAUGGUAGGAUAUAGCUAAAUAGUAAUGAAUUAUUCAUGAGUCACCAAAACAACUGGGUCAAAAUGAGCAAGAGACACAUAAGCAUGGGUCAGCAAACAUGGGCUCUUCUCUGCAAGAACUGCCUUAAAAAAUGGAGGAUGAAAAGACAGACUUUCUUGGAGUGGUUUUUCUCAUUUCUACUAGUCCUGUUUACAUACCUAAUUUCCUCCAAUUUACAUCAAGUUAUUGACUCUCCUCAAAUGUCUGCAAUGGAACUGGGACAUGUAGAUCAUUUUAAUGAUUCUAAUUAUGCUAUUGCAUUUGCACCUGAUUCCAAAACUACCCGAGAGAUAAUGCACAAAGUGGCUUCAGCCCCAUUCAUGAAAGGAAGAACAAUUAUAGGGUGGCCUGAUGAAAAAAGCAUGAAUGAAUUGGAUUUAAAUUAUUCAAUAGAUUCAGUGAGAGUCAUCUUUAAUGACACCUUCUCAUAUCAUUUGAAGUUUUCUUGGGGACAUAGAAUCCCCAAGAUAAAAGAACACAGAGAUCAUUCAGCUCAUUGUCAAGCAAUUAAUGGAAAAAUCACAUGUAAAAGUUCAACGUUCUGGGAGAAAGGCUUUGUAGCUUUUCAAGCUGCCAUUAAUGCUGCAAUCAUAGAAAUUACAACGAAUCAUUCAGUGAUGGAAAAGCUGAUGUCAGUUACUGGUAUAAAUAUGAAGAUACUACCUUUUGUUGCUCAAGGAGGAGUUACAACUGAUUUUUUCAUUUUCUUCUGCAUUAUUUCUUUUUCUGCAUUCAUAUACAAUGUAUCAGUCAAUGUUACACAAGAAAGGCAAUGCAUUAAGCCAUUGAUGACAAUGAUGGGACUUCAGGAGUCAGCAUUCUGGCUUUCCUGGGGUUUGAUGUACGCUGGUUUCGUCCUUAUUAUGGCCACUUUGAUGGCUCUUAUUGUAAAAUCUUCCCAAGUUGUCAUCGUAGCUGGUUUUGUGAUGGUCUUCACCCUGUUUCUCCUCUACGGUCUGUCUUUGAUACCUCUAGCUUUCCUGAUGAGUGUGUUGAUAAGGAAACCUUUCCUCACUGGCUUGGUUGUCUUUCUUCUUACUGUCUUUUGGGGGAGCCUGGGAUUUGCAGCACUGUACAGACAUCUUCCUGCAUUUUUGGAAUGGACUUUAUGUCUUCUUAGCCCCUUUGCCUUCACUGCUGGAAUGGCCCAGCUUAUACAUUUGGACUAUGACAUAAAUUCUAAUGACCAUUUAAAUUCUUCAAACAACCCACACCUCAUAAUAGCUACUCUUUUCAUGUUGGUUUUUGAUGCUGUUCUCUAUUUGGUAUUGACAUUAUAUCUCAACAAAAUUUUACCCAGUAAGUAUUAG